AUGUUGGCUUUGCUUUUGACAUGGGGAGCAAUGAUGAUAUUGUGCAGUAGUUUGUGGUAUGUUUUGGGAGUAAGAAGAAGACAUCCAGGGGAGCCACCUUUGGAGAAUGGAAUGUUGCCAUAUUUUGGCUGUGCUUUACAGUUUGGGGUUGAUCCUCUCAAAUUCCUCAGGGAACGACAAAAGAAGCACGGUUCCACUUUCACAUGCCAAUUGGCUGGAAAAUAUGUCCAUUUCCUCACAGAUCCAUUUUCCUAUCAUGCUAUGAUACAACAAGGAAGAAAUCUGGAUUGGAAAAAAUUCCAUUUUACAACUUCAGCAAAGGCCUUUGGACACGCAAGCAUUGAUCCAAGUGAUGGAUUCACUACUGAGAAUAUGCACCAUACCGUCACAAGAACAUUGCAGGGUAAUGCCUUAACAUUUCUCAGUGAAACUAUGAUGGAGAACUUGCAUUAUGUCAUGGUGGAGUCAAAUGCAGGAAAAAUGAACUCCAGUGGCUGGGUCACUGAUAAGCUUUAUGAAUUCUGCUGUCGUGUAAUGUUUGAAUCUGGGUUUUUAACACUUUUUGGUACAGAAUUUAAUACACAUCAUGACAAGGUCCUUGCUUCUAGUCAACAAGCCCAGAGAGCACGUAUUCUCAGUAGCCUAGAGAACUUCAAGGAAUUUGAUCAAAUCUUUCCAGCUCUUGUAGCAGGUCUUCCUAUCCAUCUAUUUAAAAAUGCUUACAGUGCACGAGAGAAGCUAGCUGAGACUCUGCUCCAUGAGAACCUUAAAAAAAGAGAAAACAUUUCCGAACUCAUUUCUCUCCGAAUGUACUUGAAUGAUACAUUGUCCACUUUUGAUGAUAUGGGUAAAGCAAAGACACAUCUUGCAAUCCUGUGGGCAUCGCAAGCUAACACGAUACCUGCUACAUUUUGGAGUUCAUUCUAUCUUAUUAGGAAUCUCAGUGCAAUGAAAGCAGCUACAAAAGAGGCAGAACGAGUGCUAAAAGAUGCUGGCGAAAAGAUCUGUACAAGCAGGAAACCCAUUUGCUUGAAUAAAAAACAGCUGGAUGACAUGCCUAUAUUAGACAGCAUUAUAAAAGAAGCACUAAGACUCUCCAGUGCAUCCAUGACAGUCCGAGUUGCAAAGAAAGAUUUCAUUUUGCAAUUAGGCAAUGAUUCCUACAAUAUCCGCAAAGAUGACAUCAUAGCUGUUUAUCCCCAGCUGUUGCAUCUUGAUCCUGAAAUCUAUCCUGAUCCACUGACAUUCAAAUUUGAUCGUUAUCUUGGAGAAAAUGGAGAAGAAAAAACUUUCUAUCGUAAUGGUCACAAAUUAAAAUAUUAUUAUAUGCCAUUUGGAACAGGAUUGGCAAAAUGUCCUGGAAGAUUAUUUGCUAUUAAUGAAAUCAAACAAUUUCUGAGUUUCUUGCUUUUCUAUUUUGAAGUGGAACUAGUUGACAACAAUGUAAAGUGCCCUUCUUUGGAUCAAUCGCGAGCUGGACUUGGUGUUUUGCAACCUUCAAAUGAUAUAGAUUUCAAGUACAGAUUAAAACUUUCAUGA